AAUUUUGCCCCCUGAGCCCGACGAGGGAAGCCUAAUCCAACUGACCAACGGCUCUGCUUCAAAUUAUCCUGUGAAAUUAAGGCAUACUAAUUUUCAACCCGAAUUGUGGACGUGGCGGGAAGUUCAAACCAGUUUCCGGCUAUGCUCUCGCCGGCGUUCAUCUCAACGGCCACCAUUUCUCACCCACCGCCUUGUUUCUCUGUUCAACCACCGCCGACAUUACUAACCGCACGGCGGACCUGUUCCAAAUGGAACUUCACUAGUAUCGACCAUUGUAAAAGCUCCACAAAUUUCCGGUUAAAUUUUGUCAAAGACCUAUCCAGAGCUUCGCCGGUCGCCUGCAUAGCAGAAACAUUUACUACUCAAGAAUACGCCAAUGUCGAAUCUUGCAGCAGUCAGUCGGUGAGUGGAUGUUUAAGUCCCUAUUUGAUUGCCGUUUGGCUUCGUUCUAGUCGUAGCGCCAAGGAAUUAAGGGCAAUACAUGCUUUCAUUUUGCGGCAUAUUACAAGUUUUGAGAUCUAUGUUGGAAAUAAUUUGGUUAGUUCUUACUUGAGAUUCGGAAUGUUGGUUGAUGCUAGAAAGGCGUUCGAUGAAAUGCCAGUGAGGAAUGUUGUGACCUGGACGACUAUUAUAAAUGGAUAUAUUCAUUUAGAUUUUACUGAGGAAGCUUUAGGGUUGUUCAGUGAUUCGGUCAAGAACGGGGUGCAAGCGAAUGGGAAGAUGUUUGUUUGCAUCUUGAACUUAUGUGCUAAGAGAUUGGAUUUUGAGCUGGGGAGGCAAAUUCAUGGCGUCAUUGUGAAAGGUAAUUGGGGGAAUUUGAUUAUUGACAGUGCCAUUGUUUACUUUUAUGCACAAUGUAAAGAUAUUUCCAGUGCUUUUGUUGCAUUUGAACAUAUGCCAAAGCGGGAUGUUGUUUGUUGGACUUCCAUGAUUACUUCUUGUUCCCAACAAGGGCUUGGACGAGAAGCAAUUUCAUUGUUUUCAAAUAUGCUAAAUGAUGGAUUUCUACCAAAUGAGUUUUCUGUAUGCAGUGUUCUCAAGGCUUGUGGAGAAGAGAGGGAGUUGAAGAUUGGGAGACAAUUACAUGGUUUGAUAAUUAAGAAAAUAAUCAAGAAUGAUGUUUUUGUUGGGACUUCAUUGGUUGAUAUGUAUGCUAAGUGCGGGAAUUUGGCAGAUUCUAGAGAAGUAUUCAAUGGGAUGAGGAAUAGAAACACGGUAACAUGGACAUCAAUCAUAGCUGGUUAUGCACGAGAGGGGCGCGGUGAGGAGGCCGUCAACCUCUUUAGGUUGAUGAAGAGGCAAAGGAUUCCUGCCAAUAACUUAACCAUUGUAAGUAUUCUCCGUGCUUGUGGCUCGAUUGGGGCGUCAUUGACUGGGAGGGAAGUUCAUGCCCAGAUAGUAAAAAGUUCAUUUCAAACUAAUAUACACAUAGGAAGCACUCUAGUUUGGUUCUACUGUAAAUGUAGGAAUCGACUCAAGGCCUCCAUGGUUCUUCAGCUGAUGCCGCUUAGAGAUGUGGUUUCUUGGACGGCUAUCAUUUCUGGAUGUGCUCAUCUUGGGCACGAGUCCGAGGCUCUCGAGUUUCUAAAAAACAUGGUAGAGGAAGGAGUUGAACCAAAUUCCUUUACCUAUUCAUCGGCUUUAAAAGCGUGUGCGAAGAUGGAAGCCAUCCUUCAAGGGAAAUUGAUCCACUCCUCUGCAAAUAAAACAUCUGCUUUGUCUAAUGUUUUUGUGGGAAGUGCACUGAUUUACAUGUAUGCAAAAUGUGGAUAUGUAACCGAAGCUUCACAAGUUUUCGACAGCAUGCCGGUGAGGAAUUUGGUUUCUUGGAAGGCCAUGAUUUUGUGUUAUGCUAGGAACGGUCUCUGCCGAGAGGCGUUAAAGCUCAUGUAUCGAAUGCAGGCUGAAGGUAUCGAAGUGGAUGACUACAUUCUUGGAACAGUUUAUGGAGCUUGUGGAGAUGUGAAGUGUGAUGUGGAUUCAUCACUUGAAUACAGGUUGCAAACUUAUUGAUCUCCCAGUUUGAAUGGUUAUCUAGAUUUGAUAUUCAACGACGAAAAUCGUGCUAUAUGGUUCUCGCCAUCUCAAAGUGCCUUGCACUGGUGCAUCCUGUUUUGAAUGGAAUGACAGUGAUCUGAAGAACAACUUUCCUGCGCUCUUCUUUCACUCCAAAAAUAAAAAUUUUUGCAGAGGGGAGAAAAAGGUAUAUAAACUCCUCCCACCUGUCUGAGAUGUUUUAUCACCUCUCUGCAACACGUAUUUUACAACCUAGGCCUAGUUAAUUGUAAAAACAUUCAAUGUAAUCUUUGUAAAUCCAUAGCUAUUUAGCUGCAUAGUUUUAUGGACAACCCUACUUUAAA